AUGGAGGAGGCAAAACGAAGCCAUGCGGUUUAUGGCACGUCCGCUGCUUCUGGGUCGUUGCCUUCGUUCAGGCGAUUUGGAUCGAAUAGCAGGAUAAUUGCUCUGGUGUCUUGUGUGGCAGCCUUGUCCCUCAUUGCCUUGAUGGCUUUGACCACCUCGACGGCUCCGGAUUCCUUGUACAUGGGGGACGAAAUGGAUGUCAAGUACCUCUCGUCGGAAGCUCGGGGCAAGGAUGGAGUCGCUUUCGUCCAAAAGCUGCAAGACAUGUGGUUUGUGAUGAGCAAUAAGCCUGGAAUGGAUGCGCUUGCGAAGGAGGCGAGUGGAGUAGCUGUGUCAAUGCUCUCCGCAUCUUACCCUGAGGCUGUCAAGACUAGUCUGAACCUUGAAGUGAACCCCUGCGAAGACUUCUACGAGUAUGCAUGUGGAGGCUGGGACAAGGCCAAUCGUGACAAGAUACCAAAAUAUGAGACGUCCAAGGCGCUUUCAUGGGACCGUGCUCAGCUGAAAAUCCAAGAAGAAAUGAUCAAACUCCUUGAAACAGAUCAGGGCGUGUCUGGCAAGUACUACCGAUCGUGCGUAGACACCAAGAGAAUCAACGAGGAAGGCAGCAAGCCUCUCACUCCAUGGUUGAAUCUGAUUGAGAAAGUCAAGGACGAAGACUCGUUGCUGGAUGUGAUCGUGGAGUUGAACAAGGGCAACAUGGACAUCUUGUUCUCGUGGUACAUCGACACGGACUCACAUGACAACUCUCAAAAUGCUUUCUUUCUGAGCCAGGGUGGUGUCAGUCUUCCAGAUACUUCAUACUACACGGAGGACACAGCUGAAAUGCAAGAACAUCGUGCAAAGUUUGAGGAGAGAGUCGGAUACUUCUUCAAGUUGAUUGGACGUGAAAAUCACAAAGACGAAGCCAAGAAAGUUGUUUCAUUUGAAACAGCAAUGGCAAAGGCGAUGGUUGAUCGGACAGAUUCAUACAAGUCUCAUGCGAAGAAGACUACUUGGAGUGAGAUGGAGCAGAUGACUCCUUCAUGGAAAUGGAAGGCGUGGUUGAACAAACUUGCUCAGUGCACGAAGCCCUUCAAUGGGAUGCCUGCUUUCUGCAAAUCUGACCAUACCGACAUCAUGAAAGUGGGGACAGAAAAUGGAAAGCCUCUCUACAUUCGGGAAAAGGACUUUUUCCCAAGGUUGGAAACCAUUCUCAAGACCACCGACUAUGAAACCAUCAAGGCAAACAUGCGCUGGCAAGUUAUCAGUGGUUCAGCUUCAUCGCUCAGCACUGACUUCCAAGAUGCUUUGCUUGAUUGGUACAAAGAUUUGUAUGGCGUGCAAGAGAGGUCAGCAAGACCCAGGAAAUGCUUCUUUGCUACUACUGGAGCUGCCUCCUGGGCUUCUGCUAAGCUUUAUUCCGACAAAUUCUUCCAGCAUGAGAACCGACAGGCUGCCCUUGCGAUGCUCGACAACAUCCGCGCCGAGUUCAUGAAGGCCAUUCCUCAUGCGGACUGGAUGACUCCCAAGAACCGCGAGGACGCUCAGCAUAAGCUGACUGAGAUGAUCUUCCAAGUUGCCAUCCCCACUGACAAGGAAGGAAACGUGGACUGGCCUGAGCAGACUUACCAGCUCGACGGCCACAUCGGAGACGACUACUUUGUUAACGGUGAGAUUGUCACAAGGAUGGGAAUGGAGAGGUCCAUGUCAAAGCUCUCCAAGAAGCCAGAGAGGUUCUCGUGGGGUGGAAACACUCCGUUGGAGGUCAACGCCUUUUACGGCCCCAAGAACAACGGGCUGUGGAUCCCUGCGGGUAUCUUACAAGCUCCCUUCUUUGACUACAAGAAUUCCGAUGCCGAGAAUUACGGGUCGGUGGGUACAAUAUUGGGGCACGAGAUGAGUCACGGAUUCGACGACGAUGGCAGGCAGUACGAUGCCAAGGGCGAGAUGAAGCCCUGGUGGGAGAAGGCGACUGUGCAAGGGUUUAAGGAGAGGAGCGGAUGUAUUUCCAACCUCUUCAGCAAGUUCAAAGUGAUGGAUAAGAAUGUCAACGGCAAGCUCACUCUUGGGGAGGACAUCGCCGAUGCAGGAGGGAUCAAGUUUUCCUACCGUGCCUUCUUGUCCUCGAAGCCAAGAUCGCAUGCUGAGAAGAGACUGUUCUUCACUUCGUUUGCCCAGACCUGGUGUGAAGUCGACAGGAAGCAGAGCGCUAUCAACUCUGUUCUCACUGAUGCGCAUGCUCCUGGCAAGUUCAGAGUUAUCGGAGCCCUCACGCAGUUCUCUCCUUUUGCUGAAGUCUUUCAGUGCCCAACAGGCUCUCCCAUGGCCCCCAAGGACGAAUCUCGUUGCCAGUUGUGGUGAGGUCAAUAUUGUUCACUGCGACGUUUUGCGAUGCCAAGUUGAGGCCUGCACGCCUUUCUUAUUGUUUCUAGUAAAUUCUAAAUCGCCUC